GUGACGGACAUGACGCAGUCACAACAUAUAUUUUAAUAUCAAAACAAAAUCCGAAAUAUUUAAAUAUGCAAAAUAAUUACCAAUAACCUAGUUUUCAUUCAGAAUGACCCAUUCCUUAAAUUACAUAAAUCUCCAGUGUGUUCAGCUGUUGGAAUGGGCGCGGUGCGGAGACAAUGUGCUAUCGGUAGUACCGACAAUACUAUGGGCAGCGGGAUCUGUUGCAUUUGCACAUCGCAUCGUCUCUUCACUCUUCAAACGAUUCAUGUUUCGCCGGAUCCCUCUCUGGGAGAUCAUUCUACAGCACCUCAUUUUCAUUUGGAUGGUUAUAUACAGUCUUCAUUUUUGGACAUUAGCGGUCAAAAUUAUUAAAAUUGUGGUGGAAUAUUACUACAGUGACGAACAAGUUGAGACUGUGACUCGUGAGGAGCUAGAAGGACGGAAGGUGAUGCAACAAUGGAUUAUCUGGCUGUGCGGGGCGACUCCACUAGCGCUAUACUACCAAACGAGGCCUCGACCUUCAUCUCCACCACUGAUGAUAUGGAUAACCACAAGUCCCUGGCAGAGGCGCGAGAUGGGUCCUUAUGGGUAUUAUUUACAUCGGCCACCCUCCUUGGAGACUCCUGCUAAUACGGUUCGGGAACAGGCUAUCGCGCUCCGAAAAGCCUACAGCGACUCUAGAACAAUCAUCAAAGAACCUCCCAGAAAGAGAAGAAACUCUAAAUCUGUGUAGUAUAGUAAUAUAAAUAAUGUCUAAAUUUGUAGUUUCAUUGCGAUUUUUUUUAAUGAAAAAUUGAGCCCAAGAUUACUGGUACAAUAUCAAUUUCGUAUAUAAUUUUCAACAAAGAUAGUAUCAACUUAGAAUGCAUUAUAUUUAUAUUUGCAAGCAAAGCAACCAAGUUGUAUUCAAUACAGUUUAUAUGGUCAACUUAAUUUCCGUAUUUCAUAAAUUGACAGUAUCUAUGCAUUAAAGUUUUUGGAUAUGGCAAUAAUUGUUAUUUUAUUUUAGAAAUUGUUCAAUAGAUGUCAGGAACCUUUUAA